AUGGCGGCGGAGAUGAUCAGCUCCGCCGUCGUGGGAGAAGCGCUGAACAGGGUGGUGUCGCGGCUGGCGGUCGCCGGCCACGGCGGCGAGGACGGGGCGAGGGGGGGCAGCGCCAGCGUCGAGAGGCUGGAGAUAGCGCACAGCCGGAUGGAGGCCGUCCUCGAGCUCUCGACGCGGUGGCCCGUCACCGACGUGUCGCUGCUCCGGUGGCGCCGCAGGCUGAAGCGCGCCGCGGAGGAGUGCGACGGCGCGGUCCGCCGCCGCAAGCAGCGCGCCGUGGCCGAGGCCGAGGCCGAGGCGGCGAGACGGCCGUCGUCCUCGCUUCCGCGGCGCGUCGCCCGCGCGACCAUGUCCCUCGUCUCGGCGCUCCUCGUCGGCGGCCGCGACGACGGCGGCAGCGCCGACGACGUGCGGAGGUUCGAGAGGCUCGCGGACGGGGCGGGCGAGUUCCUGAAGCUGGUGGAGCUCGGCGGGACGCGGCCGCGGCAGCACGCGUUCUUCGACCCGCUCAUCGGCCGGCUCCUCGCCGGCGAGACGCUGAGCUACCUGUCGCUGAGCCGGGGGAGCAGGCUGUGCUACCUGGGCGUGCGGCCGGUGAGCUUCGAGGAGCGCGGGGUGGAGGCCAUGGUGGGGUUCGUCGUGCAGGACUUCGCGGCUCCGGCGAGGAGCUUCAACCUGGGCCUCAUGGUGCGCCUCUCCGAGCGCACCGACCUGCUCGGCACCAUGAUCGACUGCAUGCAGUCAGCCUCGUCCACGACUCACUUCAGGGUCGUUGCUGAGGAUAUAAGGAGAGAGCUGGUGCAGCUGCCGACGCAGGAUUUCACCUGGAUGCCACGCUCACCUUACGCCCACACCAAAUACUGGGUCGACGUCCACACCACCCUCACCCGCUGGUACCGCCCAAACCCUCUCUGUUGCACCACCCACCAAACCCUCCCCCGCGACACCACCGCGCCAUCACCGUCGCCAUCUCCGGCGGCGCCGCUCUCCGCCGCGUACCCCGAGCACGUCAUCCAGGUGUACCUGCACUGCUGCGUCCCGGCCGCCAAGCCGGCGCCGGCGGCGGCGUGUAACAAUAACGGCGAGCGAGAACAAACGCCGCCGCCGCCGCCGCUGGAGCUGACCGUCCUCUUCCUCCCCCACGACCACCAUGGCACCCAUGAGGAUCGGGGGGAGGAGGAGGAGGACGGCGCGACGAAGAGGAAGCAGCACCCGUCCAGCCCGCCGUACCACGCCGUGGAGGUGGUCGACGAGGAUCAGAUCGAGGCGCGGCGGGUGCAGCAGCACGCCGACGGCGGCGGCGCGUGCCGGCUGCAAGACCUCGACGAGAGGCUCCUUCCAAGGGCGGUGGACCACCUCCGCACGCACACGGCAUCAAGGACGUACCAGGUGUGCCUGAGGUCCGGUCACGGCGCGGCGCACGUCUGCGUGGAGAAGGCAACCAAUGCGAGCGGCGGCGGCGGGAGUACUCCACGGGGAGAAGGAAGAAGAAGAAGUAGGAGCAAGAUGAGGAUGAGGUUUAGCGUGGAGGGGUGGCGGGAUAUGUCAGCGAGGCCGCUGCUGAAGCUGUGGGUGGUGCGGGAGUCGGAGAAGCUGCGUGCCUCUAUCAGCUCGUGGACUAUCGAUACCAUUUCUCAUAAAUAAUUAAUAUGAAAAAUAAUGUCUUCUCCAACC